CUUUGCUGAGAGAUGGCGGAGCAGCGUCAGGACGUCCCCAUGAUGGAGGAUCACUCAGCCGGCCAGGAGAAGCACGUCCCAUCAGGCUAUCCCCUUCAGAUACCAGUUGAUGAUGGAUCGGAUGAGCCUGUUUCUGAAACAUCUGACGCUAAGAGCACCCCAACUACGGAAGAUGCCACAGCACCCUUAGUGGAGGAAGGAGACCACGAAGAUCAGGGUGGUGUCGAACAGCACGGGGAGAUCCCAGAAGGAACCACAGCUGAAGAGGCAGGCGUAGGAGCCACCCCCAACCUGGAGGACCACGCUGCAGGAGACGCCGCUCGAGCUCGUGUUGACAGCAAAGGCAAGGAAGGGGCUGAGGCUGAGGAGAAGAAACCGAAGGGCCCAGAGAUGAGAGGUGGCACCAAGACAGCCACGCCGCGCUCCGCAGCGGGGCAGGCUCAGAGGAACUCGACCAAUGCCACACGCAUCCCUGCCAAGACACCCACGACCCCCAAGACGCCUCCCGGCUCCGGCAGAAAGGAGCAGAAAAAAACACCUCCUGCAGCAGCGAAAUCUGAGAAAGGUGGCGAGCAGCCCAAGUCCGGAGACAGAAGCGGUUACAGCAGCCCCGGCUCGCCGGGCACCCCGGGCAGCCGCUCCCGCACCCCUUCUCUGCCCACCCCGCCGGCCAGGGAGCCCAAGAAGGUGGCGGUGGUUCGUACCCCACCAAAGUCUCCUGCCUCUGCCAAGAGCCGCAUCCAGCCGUCGGCCGCCCCCAUGCCUGACCUGAAAAACGUCAAGUCCAAAAUUGGCUCCACUGAAAACCUGAAGCACCAGCCUGGAGGAGGCAAGGUGCAGAUUAUUAAUAAGAAGCUGGACUUUAGCAGCGUUCAAUCCAAGUGUGGCUCAAAGGAUAAUAUCAAACACAUCCCGGGCGGAGGCAGUGUGCAGAUUGUUAAUAAGAAGUUGGACUUUAGCAGCGUUCAAUCCAGGUGUGGCUCAAAGGAUAAUAUCAAACACAUCCCGGGCGGAGGCAGUGUGCAAAUCGUUUACAAGCCGGUCGACCUGAGCCACGUGACGUCCAAAUGUGGCUCCCUGGGCAACAUCCAUCACAAACCAGGUGGUGGACAGGUGGAGGUGAAAUCUGAGAAACUGGACUUCAAAGAUAAGGUGCAAUCAAAAAUUGGGUCAUUAGAUAACAUCAGCCACGUCCCCGGAGGAGGAAAUAAAAAGAUCGAGACCCACAAGCUGACGUUCCGCGAGAACGCCAAAGCCAAGACUGACCACGGCGCCGAGAUCAUCUACAAGUCGCCCACCAUCUCGGGCGACGCCUCCCCGCGCCGCCUCAGCAACGUCUCCUCCAGCGGCAGCAUCAACCUGGUGGACUCCCCGCAGCUGGCCACGCUAGCCGACGAGGUGUCCGCCUCGCUGGCCAAGCAGGGCUUGUGAUGGGGCUGCGGCGAACGCAGGGGCGCCCAGACACGGAAAGAAACGAGAGAAACACAAUAAUCCGGCCUUCUUCCUCUGUUCCUUUUACAGCUGCUCCCCCAUCCCCUAACUGGUUAAGGAUUUAACCUGCUUUUACUCUUCAUUCAGCU